CAACAUAAUUCCCGAAGAAGAAGAACGACAGAGAUUCUCCUCUGGUGGCCGCUGCAGAAUAGCUAGAUAUAAUCGAACGGAUUUUACAAGCUAGAGGAGCAGACGGCAGAAUCUAUUCAACAUCACCCGAUGUACGAACUGAAACGCGGCCGCCUUUGCAUUAAAACAAUAAAGGCGUGUUAUAUGGCUCUUUCAUCAAGGGAUUGUUGCAUUUGGAUUAAAAGAGACGCAAGGGAUAUAGCUGAUGCCUGGCUAUCCUGCUUGCGAUCUACUAACGUUAGUUAGCUAACUGAUGUUGCAUCGAUGGAAUUAUUCGAGUGCCAUUGAUUGAGAACAACCCAGCAACGCUAAAGAAGACGUUACAAUACAUGGAUAGCGGCGAGCUAUCCGUGACCGGAGUCUGAACGGCACAUAGACAGGAUGAUGUAUUACUCAACGUUGAAGGAUCUAACAUGUUAACUAAAUACAUGUGACUUGGUGUUCAUCCAUUUUAAGCCAGCUAUCUCUAACGUUAGCUGGCUUGUUUUAUCGUCCGGCAUUUGGACGGAGUGAUAGUAAGAUUGGGAGUGUGUAUCAGUAUGGCACAGCUUCUAGAAGGCGCCCGCAAACUGGGCUGGGUACUCUUGAACGCCUUCCUUCGUUUCAUCUUUGUGUUCAUCAAUAACUGUGUAGCAAUCCCUUCGUAUUGCCUUUACUGCAUUCUUCUUCAACCUCUGAGAAUAAUGGACAGUCACUAUUUCUGGCACAUUGAAGGAAUAAUGUUCAAAUGGAUGUUGGCAAUGGUGUCACUGUGGGGCUGGGUUGCAGGCUAUACAGUGAUGGAAUGGGGCGACGAUGUAAGGCCCCUUUCUGAAGAGGAAGCCAUGGUCAUCGUCAACCACCAAGCCACAGGGGACGUGUGCACCCUCAUGAUGUGCCUGCAGGACAAGGGCACGGUGGUGAGGAAGAUGAUGUGGUUGAUGGACCAUGUGUUCAAGUACACUAACUUCGGCCUGGUGUCUCUAAUCCAUGGGGACUUCUUCAUCAGACAGGGUAAAGCGUACCGGGACAAGCAGCUGAUCUACCUAAAGGACCACCUGGACCGGUACUACCGCAGCCGCGACAGGAAGUGGAUCGUGCUCUUCCCGGAGGGCGGCUUCCUGCGCAAGCGACGGGAAACCAGCCAGGCGUUUGCCAAGAAGAACUCACUACCGCCCCUGACGCACGUGACGCUGCCGCGACUAGGCGCCACCCAGGUGAUCCUGAAGACCCUAGGACCGCAGCAGGAGAACGGCAGCCUGGGGAAGGAGGCUAGCACGAUGCACCCCAGCCAGUCAGGUAGUAAACCCAAAGGCCUACAGUGGGUGGUGGAUGUGACCAUAGCGUACCCCAAAGCCAGGCCCAUGGACAUCCAGACGUGGAUCUUUGGCUACAGACCCCCCACGGUCACACAUGUACACUACAGGGUGUACCCCAUAAAGGAGGUUCCGGUAGAGACCAAGCCCCUGACAGAUUGGCUGUACCAGAGGUUUGUGGAGAAGGAGGAUCUACUGGCUCACUUCUACGAAACAGGAGCUUUCCCUCCACCGAAAGGCCAGAAGGAGGCCGUCUCCCGGGCGAUGACCUUUGACCCAGUGCGGCUCUGUCUCAUCCAAUCCCUGGCCUUUGCCUCGGGCUACCUGUGGUACAGCGUCCUCCAGUACUUCUACUGCUGUUUGUUCUGAGUGUGCUGAAGAGGAUGGAGUUUAAAAGUGGACCAGACCCUAAUGGCACUGCUUCUGGAUCAGUCGAUGGCUCGCCCGCCCCGGCGCCAUCUCUCCUCCCUAUGAUGGAUGAAUGUACAUUUAGCAAAAACCGGGAGAAACUGAGAAAAAAAAUUGCCAUGUUGGAGGCUAUUUUCCCCCCUGGAUACAUGAAUACCUACACACACAGACAGACGGACAGACAUACACACACACACAAUUGACUGAAGCCCAUACUUCUGAACAUGAAUCAUUUACACAAACUUACUACUUGGAUAUAAACGCCCCAAUCUAGUUGGUCUCUCCAAUGGAGCAUCAUUCUCAAAUCAAGAAUGGGGCUCAGGACUGAAACUGGGGGUGUUUUCAAGUGGACUCUCUUCCUGGUCUUUAGGUGUAGUUUUACAGUGUGCGAGUAUGCAUUGUGUCUGCCAUUGUACCCAACCCCACCCUUGGGUGAACCAACCCCCACCCUCGGGUGAACCAACCCCCAGUUGGACCUCGCUUCAGGCCUGCUGAUUCUGCGGUUGACCCACCCUACAGAGAGGGGGGGGCUGUGGUAUGUACCAUCAGAGACUACCAUGCCAACCCCUCUCCUCUAGCCUUCAUUGCACUAAAAGGAUCCCUACUACCCCCCUCUUCUACUCCAGGAAAUAUUCCUGAAUGGUAGCUGUUAAUGUUUGUUUAUUUUAAAUUGCCCCUCCCCUUAACAACGGCCAUUGCAUUUGUUGUGGUCGUCGUCGCUAUCUAUCUAUGUUGAAGUCAUGGAGGCUUUACUCUGUCUGUCUUCGACAGUAUUCUGAACUGACUGACUGCAGGGGAAUCUUCUUGUUUACACUAGCGGCCCUCCGUCUGGGCCUAAAGGGACGCUGGCGACGAUGUCAGGCUCUGGUUAGGACUGUUUCCACAACAUGUGGUUGGGGGUACCUGGUUCUGGAACCAAGGGGGGGAGGAGGACACAGUGGAGGAGGAACAGUGCCCAUACGCUGAUGACAGAACACUGAUGGCACAUUGGGACAGCACUCUGAUCCGAUCCACCCUGAAAACAAACUCCCCUCACACUCUCUCCACCCCCUGUCCUCACUCGUACACACAGAGCAGAGUGGAUCUCUGUCCACAUAGGAACGUCUCGGCAAGCCAAACUGAAAAAGGAGGACGAAGCUCAAUUUGCCCCCAUUGGACUCCAUAUUGUAGUUUUACAAAUAUCUAAGUAAUGGGGUGGGGAAUGACGUAAUACAAAUAUUAUUUUUAUAGAUGUGGCUACCCUAAUGCUCUGCAUUCGAAAUUUGAGAUUUUGGCUUACACACUCAUAGGUGUCGUUACUGUAAAUUUACAGCAUAACCCCCCUCUUAUAUAUAUAUAAUUGAUGUUGCGCUGCUCCACGAUAACGGAGUUUCGACAGCAAAUCACUAUUAGUGGUCAGAUUUUAUUUCAAUUUUAAAUGACUUGAACUGUCCUUCGUCAUGGGUAUGUUUAUUCUUGUACAUAACAAAGCUGAGGAAGAAAUUCAAUGUUGUGAGGGACUGCAACCGAUGUUAUCUCUCUCUUGGUCUGUACUAUUUCUGAUUUGUUUUUAAUUUUGAAAUAUCAUAAAUGUUUAAAGAACAAGAAAAAAAUGAGGAAGAGAAAGCUAACGGCUUUUGAGACAAGUCACUUCCCUGUUCCUUGACCUUUGGUUUGACCUCUGACCUGGAUGUUAUUCAUUCGCGCUUCAUGAAUCCAGAGGGCUCGGCCAGGCUCUCAUCUCCUGCACUGUCACACUGCUCAUUGAUACACAUAUGGCCCUGUUGGAAUACUUCUGAAAUGCAUCCUUUCCUUUAUCUUUCUUGACAUAAUCACAGCUCUGAAGUGGUUGAUUGGUGGAAUUAAUGGGACAGGGACAUAGGCCCCUCCCCCCUAGGCACUGGAUGAUUCCCACUUAGAGAUGUUAAAAGGACUUGAUUGAUGUGUGCAGUAUAUGGCAAAUCUCCCACCUAGCCUAUUAAAGAUAUUGCCAAUUUACUGAUCUCUAUCCAGUCCUUUUAGAUCUUAGGGGGGUACCAAGAAGCUGUCCAUUGGUAGGGUAUUAUGUUUUGAUUUGAGACUAGACCAUCCAGGAAGAAAUCACUCUUCACAUUGGAGGGGAAUUCAGACACGGCCCAGCAAUUAUGCACCAAUUCUCUCCCAAAAGUUGUUUUAAUAAUACCAUGGGGGGUUUUUUAAUCAAAAAAUAUAUAUAAACGCACCUGAGAGGUAUUAUGCUUUAGAUGAACAGCUACAAUCAUGAUGUUUAAGGAAUGCAAACGGAAUGCAUUUUAGUCAUGAUUUACCUCUUAAACUGUGGAUAAUACUGUCCAGUAACAGGCUGUGUAUGAAAGGUAGAAGGCUGGCUGGUUCGGGAGAUCAGGAGUCAAUUUGAGGAUCGGGACGUACAUUUUUAGCGGUCAUCUUUGUGCCGUCCCGUGAGAUUGCUUUUCAAUGUGAGAGAGUGACACAAAAUGAAGCUUCAUCUUUUUUUCUUUUUUCUUGCUUCUCCAAAGCAAGGCAGGGGAAAAUCAUAUUUUCUAGAUAUGGUUUUAGGAAAGAAAAACAAUGACAACGUUAAGAAUUUUAACAAACGACAGUAGAAACUCUGUCAUUUUCCAUUUUGUACUCCUCCCUUUCUUCCUAGCUACACAGCCAUUUUACAACACAAAGAACUUGUGCUGGAAUAAAAGUGAUGGUCAUAAAGAU